AUGGCAGCGCUGCCAGACCAUCUCAGCUCAUCCUCUGAGGAGGAUUUAGUGGAUGCACCCGAUGCCAAACCUGGGGCUGAACAGCCUGUUAUCUACUUACAGUUAGAGAACCGGGGGGCUCUGGCAACCAAAGGCGACAUCAUGAACCUCGUGGUUUUCCGUGCAGACCUGGCAGUGGUGCGGGAGGAGCUGACAGCCAUUACUGAUAGGGUGAAAGCAACAGAGCAGAUCAGACACAGGACCAUGCAGGUUAAAUGA